GCUGUGCGUGCGCGACGCGUGCGCGCGACUGUGUAGUUUCUCAAGCCUCGAACACCUUCAAUUCAUUCGCCAGCAAUGCGUAGGAAGCAUCUUGCAGCAGUCCUUGCUGGAGCGGCCGUCAGCCAAGCUGCAAAACCAGCACAAGGAACAUCUCCAGCAAAAGUAACCAGACGAGCCCUCGGUGCGGUAGCGGCAGCACCAUUCGUCACACCCGAGAUAGCGGCCGCGGCACUGACGAGCGGCGCCGCGCUGCCGCUCAGCAGUGUACGAGGCGGCCUCGCGGCGACGUACGCCGUCGAUGGGAGGGCCUUUCUAGGUGUUGUCGACACGGGGUCGCCGUUCCUGCUCGUCGACGGCACCUGUGGGGAAUUAGAGAACGGGCGCUGGGGCUGCUACCCUAAAGGUGGCGUCCCGCAACCCUUCAGGAAGCAGGGCGGGUUGAAUGAUGCUUCGUUGGAAAUUUUUGGAGGGCAGGAGACGUUGGUGGAGUGGCGAAGAGGUAGGGUGGAACUCGGAAGGCAGGUCUUGGAGCCGGCGGUCUUUGGCGUGGUGCGGUCCCUGGCGCGGCGCGGCGGCGAGGGCGGGAUCUACCUCGGUUUGAUAAAACACCGGCAGCCUGUGGUAAGGCCCACGUUUUUGGAGCAGGCGCAAGCCGAGUCGAUCCGCGUCGACUUGCGGGACCCCGAGCAGCGCACCCUCGCCAUUUCCACGUCUAGACCUUCUAUUUCGAGACAGGAGGACGCCGUACCUUUAAUUGACCUAAGGGCCUACGGCGCGCCGGUGGAGCCCUACGCCGCCAGGGUUUCUAGGCUGGUGGUGAACGGCGAAACCGUGCGCUUGCGACGGCCUUGUUUAUGCGUCUUAGACACCGGAACAACAGGCCUGACCAUGUCCGAUUCGUUAUUGGGCAACGGUUUCGGGGGCACCGAUGAAUUACCUUUGCCGGGCGCGGCCAUCAAGCACGUGGAUGUAUUUCUAGAGACGGAGAGCGGCGGCGAGGUAUCACUAGGAGCGGACUACCGGCGCGGCGCGGAAUUCCCGCUCGUCGUGACGACGGCGCGACUGCCGUGGUUCGACGAGGACGCCCUUGGUAGGUUAGGAAGGAAAGGCAAUCAAGAUAUUGAUUGGAGGAACCCGCCGCACGUCAUCUUCGCGGGGCUGUCGUUUCUGGAUAGGCAGCGCCUGACGAUCGACGUCGAUGCGCGGCGGCUGGCGCUCAAGGGCGCGGGCAAGCAGCCGCCCCGGCCCGCGGCGAAGAUGUUCCGCGGGCGGUCGAUGUACGACGCGCUCGAAGAGCCUGGAAUGAUACUGUAACCAGGCCGUCGACGCGACGAGAGAAUGCGAAUGGUAAGAAUAUG